ACAUAAUCGCAUAAACACUCCUUCGCGCCUCUUCUUUGCUCGGCUUGCAGUAACAACCUCUUGAUAUACAGCCAAAGAUACCCACUGCCGCAGCGGCAUUCGCACAAUGGCUCAAAACCAGGCAGACGAGCUCUUGCGACGGCCGUUAUAUGUUUACGAUCUUCCCCCAGAAAGCCUCAUAGGCUUGACAGUUAAACCGGAUGCAGAUGCCAUCACCAUCGCCGAAACUACCACUGCAACACCUCCCAACCAGACUUCAGACGCGUCUUCUGAUAAUUUUGUCGGCUCUCAGGCGUGUUCCCUCUGCAAGCUGUCCUUCCCUACCGUAGUAGACCAGCGAAGCCAUAUUAAAUCCGAUUUUCACAACUACAACCUUAAGCAGAAGCUACGGGGGCAGAACCUUGUUUCAGAAGCCGAGUUUGAGAAGCUGAUAGAGACUUUGGACGAGUCGCUCUCUGGCUCCGACUCGGACGAUUCGGAAGACGACGAGGAUGAGGGACGCCAGGAAUCUACGUUGACGGCGCUACUCAAGAAACAAGCAAGGCUGACGGAGAGGCGAAAUGGCACCAAAGACAAUAACGAAGACGGCGACGAUGAAAUUGGAGGGCGGCCGGGCAAAGGCAAACCGCCGCUAAUAUGGUUCAGCUCGCCGUUGCUUCCCGAGAAUACAUAUUUCGGCAUCUACCGAGCUAUAUUCACGGAGAAAGAGCAAGGCCAGCCUGAUUUGGUUGAUGUCAUCCGGACGAAGCAGCUCGAGCCAAUAGCAAUGCCGAAACCUGCAAAAGACGGAACACUGCCACCCAUUGCCUACAAAGGGCCUCACUUCUUUCUUUGCAUGAUCGGAGGCGGCCAUUUUGCUGCCAUGGUGGUCUCUUUAGCUCCCAGAUCAGCAAAGGCAGGCAGCACCACCAUGAACCGAGAGGCUACGGUUCUCGCCCACAAGACAUUUCAUAGGUAUACAACACGCCGGAAACAGGGUGGUUCCCAAUCAGCCAGUGAUAAUGCCAAGGGCAAAGCCCACUCCGUUGGUUCAUCUCUGCGUCGUUACAACGAGACUGCCCUGGUAGAGGACGUUCGUGCCCUUCUUCAAGAGUGGAAAGGACUUUUGGAUACUUCCGAGCUACUAUUUAUUCGGGCAACAGGAACGACAAAUAGAAGGACCUUGUUUGGCCCCUAUGAAGGACAGGUCCUUCAGGCUAACGAUGCUCGUAUACGAGGAUUCCCAUUUAGUACCAGGAGAGCCACUCAGAACGAGCUGAUGCGGUCCUUUAUCGAGCUGACUCGGCUCAAAGUACGAGAGAUCGUCCCCUCCAAGGCCGAGUCAGACAAGGCAAGCUCAACGCAAAGCAAACCUGUAACAGUCUCCAAGCCAGCAAAGCCAACUCUAUCAGAAGAGGAGGAAACGGCGAUUCUUCAUACAUCUCAGCUACAAGCGUUUGUGCGACGCUCCAAACUGCCGGCACUCCUAUCAUAUCUCACAAAGAAUGAGCUCAGCUCAGACUUUGAAUUUUAUCCCCCAGAACAAAACUACCAUACUCCACGCAUCCUGCAUUACGCUGCUGCUCAGAAUUCUGCGCCUUUGGUGCUGGGAAUUCUUACACGAGCAGGGGCGAAUCCACUGCUCAAGAAUAUGGAGGGAAAGACGGCCUUUGAGCUUGCUGGAGAUCGUCCUACGCGCGACGCCUUCAGAGUAGCGCGAUCUGAACUCGGUGAAGCCAAAUGGAAUUGGGACACGGGCAAAGUUCCUCCAGCCAUGACCAAGAAUGAAGCUGAUCGCCGCGACGAGCGAGAAAAGCAGGAGGCAGACAAGAAGGAGGCAGACAGGAGAAAGGCAGAAGAGGAAAGACUCCGUGCUGAAGGACCAAAAGUACCAGAUCAGAAAGCGAAAAAGGGCGGUAAUAUGGCGAAUAUGAUUGCAAAAACGCCACAGGAACGCCGGGAGGAGGAGGCUAGGGGGCUGACACCUGAAAUGAAGAUGAGGUUGGAACGAGAAAGAAGGGCGCGAGCAGCGGAAGAGAGGAUAAAGAGACUGCAAGGCAGUAGUUGAAUAGACAACCAUAUACUAGUGGCAAAGACAUCUCAUGGAACAUUGGAACAUUGAAUAGAUGUGAACAUGGUAUAAUAGAAGGCACUACAAUCU